AUGGCGACAGUGAUGAGAUAUCAGUUUAUUGAACCACUCUCCACGACAGAUGUCACAGAUGUAAGAACUAGAAGUUGGUUUGAACAAUUUGAGGUUUUUCUAGAGGUCGGGGAACUGGUGGAAGACCCGACAAUCCCAGAAAUCCCGGAGGAGAACGACAGAGCUCAGGACGAAACUGAUAGACUUACUAGAGAAAGGGAAGUCCGGAUAGAGGAAUUGAAAGAGCUCCAAAGAACCAAGCUACUCAUCGUCAACAUGGACUCAAGUAUGUUUAAAAAAGCCACAAACUUGUGUAAACCAGCGAAGCUAGUGGAAGAGAGAUACAGUAAGUUGAAGCAGAGACUAUGCGAACAUUUCGCACCCAGGCCAACCAAAUUCGCUUCAAGAUAUCACUUCACACAGAUCAGACAAAAGGAGAAUGAAAAGAGCACUAGCUAUAUGGAGAGACUGCUAGUAUGUGCAACUGAUUGCGAGUUUCAGGAUCUAGAUUCCAGAUUGUUAGACCAAUUUGUAGCAGGACUAAGAGAAGAGAGAGAGAAAGCCAAACUGCUAAAGAAGACCAAUCUGACCCUAGAAAUCGCAAGAGAGCACAUGUUGUCACUGGAGAAGACCAAAUUGGAGGCUCAAGAAAUGAACGCAUCAAGCAGUGGAACAGUAAACAGUGUCAAGUAUAGGAAGAAAGAGAGAUCCCACAGGACUGACAAGAAAACAGUGGUCACAUGUAAGAAAUGUACACUGAAGGGACAUUCAGAGAAACAAUGUUUCACGAAAUGUCAUGCCUGUAAGAAAGUGGGACACAUCAGUAAGAACUGUCAACACGCAAAGAGAAAGAAGAAGAGAAAGAAAGACGUCAAAACUUAUCAUGUGGAGGCUUGUUCAGAUAGUGAAAGUUCAGAAGAGAGUAAUUCAGAGCUUGAGAGCGAGAGUGAGGAGUCAAGUGAGGAAAUUUUAUUUGUGGAGGAGGUGUUAGAGUAUUCACUAGUAGAUAACUCAGAGAGUGAGUUAGGUGAAUUGGACACAAGUUUAGUGUGUCAGUCCUCUGUUUAUCAUGAUGUUGAUUUUGAAAAUGAAAUUUCUGACCUAGAUUGUACCAUGCUCAAGUUUUCUGAGAGCAAUGUUGAAAUUCAUAAUGAUUUUUAUGAUGACAAUGAACUGACAGUUAACUACACGAACAUUUCUAAACCACUCGUUCAGGUUAAAUUGAAUGGAGUUAAUCUACAGAUGGAGUUCGACAGUGGAUCCACGGUAAGUAUAGUUAGUUGUGAUGUUUUUUCUAAGUUAGGGUUAGGCAAGACCCUGCGUGCUGCUAACAAGACCCUGCGUGUUGCUAACAACGAGAGACUGUCUGUCAAAGGUAAAAGUCUGGUAGACGUUGAGUUCAACGGAAGACUGAUACAGGGAUUAGAGCUGUAUAUAAUAGAUGGCAAGUGCCCGUCGCUCAUGGGGCAGUCAUGGAUAACAGAGUUUUUAGGACCAGACUGGCUGACAAAGAUUCUUAAUCUUCAGAAGGACAAAGAGACUGUUGAUGCAAAUGUGUGUAGUACUAGUAGUGUGGAUGAAGAACUUGUCACUGCAGUAUCAGACAGAGACAUGGAAGUAUUUAAACUCAGAACGAUUAGUAAACUCAAGGAAAGUCCAAUCUUUCAGCAAGGUUUAGGACUUAUCUCAGGAGCUGAAGCAAAGCUGAUUCUCAAGGAAGGAGCACAGCCUAAAUCACUUGGAGUGAGACCGUUACCCUAUGCUAAGAAGAAGCAAGUCGGGGACGAGUUACAGAGAAUGAUCAACGAAGGGAUUUUGAGCAAAGUUGAGGGAGCAAGUCCUUGGGGAACACCCGUAGUUCCAGUGUUUAAAGGAGAGAAGACAAGGAUUUGUGGAUCAUACAAUCUCACGUUGAAUCCAGGGAUGGCAGCUCAGCAAUACCCGUUACCUUCAAUAGAAGAGUGCUUUAACAAGGUAACAGGGGGUAAGAAGUUUACUAAGCUGGAUGUUCGACAAGCUUACAACAACAUUCCGAUCAGAAAGGAAGACAGGAUUUUAACGACAAUCAACACCCAUCUAGGACAGUUGAUGUGGAACCGGUUACCGUAUGGUAUCGCACCCGCUGCUGCGAUUUUUCAGGAGACCAUUGACCAAACUCUAGCCGGGAUUCAAAUGUGUUGUUGUAGAGUCGACGAUAUUCUCAUAUCAGGAAAAGACGAUGAAGAACACAUGACCAUUUUGAACGAGGUCAUAACGAGAUUAGAAAAUCAAGGAUACAGAUGUAAACCGGAGAAAUCCCAGUUCAUGGAAGACGAAGUGACGUACCUAGGUCACACUGUGAACAAAGACGGAAUAAAGCCUGUAAAAUCCAAAGUGGAAGAUUUACUGAAGAUGAAAGUACCAAAGUCGGUGGACGAACUUGUAUCAUUUCUUGGAGGAGUGAACUACUACAGAAGGUACAUUGCAAACAUGUCUCAGAUUAUUUCACCCUUAGACGAACUCAGGAAGAAAGGAGUCAAAUGGAAAUGGGGCAAGGAACAACAGAAAUCUUGGGAGAAACUGAGAAACAUGUUAAGUUCGGAGACAGUUCUGACUUUGUACAAUCCUAAUCUACCGCUAAAGCUAGAUACAGACGCAUCAUCACAUGGAUUAGGCGCUGUUUUGUCGCAUGUAAUGCCUGACGGAACUGAAAGACCUGUUGAGUACAUCUCACGCACCUUGACAUCUGCAGAAAAGAACUACUCACAGAUCGACAAGGAAGCUACAGCAAUUGUCUGGGGAGUCAAGCGUUUUCACCUCUACCUGUACGGGAGGAAGUUUAAGCUAGUCACUGAUAACCAACCGCUAGUCCACAUAUUCAAUAAGAACAAACAGUUAUCGGUCAUGACAGCAGCAAGACUAACCAGAUGGUCGAUAUUCCUUAUGGAUUACGAUUACGAAAUAGCAUAUCGUUCGACCAAAGCCCAUGGUAAUGCAGACAUGCUAUCAAGAUUACCAGUUCCACACACUAAACAGGACGAAGAAGAAGCUAAGGAAGAGCUAGUCUUCAGUGUGGACAUUGAAGAUACCUGUUUAACUGCUAAGAAGAUCGAGAGUUACACCAAAAAAGACCCGAUUUUGUCAAAAGCGUUACACUACAUCAUGAAUGGAUGGCCGGACAAAGGCAUACAAUUCAGUGAAGAGAUGACAGCUUACUGGAACAGAAGAAGUGAAUUAUCUGUGGAGCUAGGAUGUAUAACGUGGGGUUGCAGAGUCAUUAUUCCCAGCAAACUACGAUCGACAGUGUUGGAGAAUCUACAUGUCACACACCUUGGGAUGAGUGGAAUGAAGACUCUGGCUCGUUCUUACGUGUACUGGCCACGGAUUAACUCAGAGAUUGAACAGUUAGCCAGCACAUGUAAAAGUUGUGGUAAACAUGGGAAGAGUUUACCAAGUCUCACUGAACAUCCGUGGACCAAACCCACUAUGCCUUGGCAGCGCGUACAUAUUGACUACGCAGGCCCAUUCUUCAACAAAAUGUGGUUAGUUGUCUAUGAUGCUUACACAAGAUGGCCAGAAGUGAUAAAGAUGAACAAAGACACCACUUCAGCAGCUACUAUCAGAGCACUACGAGAGAUAUUUAGUAGAAACGGACUGCCAUUCGUCAUAGUAAGCGACAAUGGAACCAACUUUACCUCUGACGAGUUUGAAAAGUUCUUAUCAUCUAACAACAUCAGACACUUGAAGACAGGAACAUAUCACCCGAAAAGUAACGGUUGUUGUGAACGGUUUGUAGGAACUUUCAAAUCUGCUAUGAAAAAGAUGAACGAAGAUUGUAAAGAUAUUCACAAGAAUUUAGCGAACUUCUUGAUCCGGUACAGAAACACGCCACACAGUGUAACAGGUACACCACCAGCAGAGGCGAUGUUUAAAAGAUCGCUCAGAUCCAGACUUCAUCAGAUUACCCCACUGGAUCAGCAGAAAGUUGACAGCAUGGAUAUCGAGAAGGAGCAAGCAGUUCUUGAUUCUAGCAGAAUUCGAAACAGACAGUUUGAAGAACAACAAGACGUGUAUGUUCAACCUACAGCUAAAGACACAUGGAAAGAAGGUGUUAUUGAAAAAAGACUGGGCAAUUCCAAUAUGUAUGAAGUACAGUUUGGUGGGAGAAAAGUUGUAAAACACGCAGAUCAGAUUAAGAAGAGACUGAGACCAAUGUUACAGCGAAAGAAACCAACUUUGUAUAGUCCCCCAGGUAAUCUAGAAACUAGCAAUAGUCAUGUCCAGUUGAAUGUUUCACCAUCGCACAAUUCACCAGUACGUGGUCCGUUAGAGUUAGAGAAUGUUUCACCAGCACGUGUUCCAUCAGUGAGUGUUUCACAAUCACAACCACCUACACCUAUUCAAGCCACUGUAACACGACCCACUACUUCUAACGUGACUACACAGUCUACACGAUUGACAACUACUAAAACUAACAACACACCCAACACGGGAUCUGCACCAGUAUCACUUCGCAGAUCUGACAGACUGGCUAACAAACCAAGACGUUGUUGGAAUUAAUUAAUUUAUUACAGAUUGUUUUUACUCAUUUUAUACGACAGCUUAUUUUGUUUUAUGUGUAAAGGCACUACGUGCAGUGUAUUGUAAUAUCGAACGAAGAUGUUUAUUUUGAUACCCGAUAGAUGAAGGACAUUUUAACAUUUGAUUUCUAACAUGAAACGGCAGUUUAAAUCGGAAAGCAACUUGUCACGAGACUUUUAUUUUAACUGGCAUACGGCAGAUUUUAACAUUCGUCGAAAGAGAGAGAAUGUGAAGUUGGAUUUUAUGUAUUUUAUGUAAAACGCGGACGUCGUUAUAUUAUAGAGAAUUUGUUGUUUUCAGUCACGCGCAUUAAGCGCGCGCAAUUUAAUUUAAUUCUGUAAAACGUGGUCCGAGCUGAGACGAAUCUUAAUGUUUUCGAUACGCAAACGAUUUGAACAUUGAACAAGGAGGAAUGUUAUAUAUUGAUAUAUGAUUUUAUAUUGUUAACUAAUCAUACUAAUAGCCUUUAGGUUUUAGGAA